CCUCCCCUAACCCGGAUGACGCUGGGACAAUUGUGCGUCACCUCAUCGGACUCUUGAUUCAUAUUUUCAUGUAGUUUCGGUGCAUUCUCGAGGUAUGACUCAUUAGUUCCACCGUGAUCAUUUGUUCCACUCUCUCGACCAAUCAGACGCGUUGGACGAGGGUGUGGUUUUGACUGACAAGCAAAAUGCGCCAAUCCGCUUCGAGAAGGUGGUUGAAUUUAUUCUGUGCGGAUACGUGGGUAUCGAAGUUCUUUUCGAAAUGAGUUUUAACUACGGCCAGGGUUAUCCAGGAGGACCAGCCGGAGGGGGUAACUUCCCCCGUCAACACCCACCCCCUGGUGCUCCAUACGGGGGUAGUGCUCCACCAGGACAGUACGGAGGCUCUGGCCCAUCGGGCUACGCCCCGUAUGGGGGAGCGACCGCACCUCCAGGGAGUCAGAAUGCUGGAGGGGCUGCCCCAGGUGGACCCUACGGGGGCUAUGGGGCCCCAGGACAGGGGAGGCAGGCUGGGGGAGCACCAGGGGCCCCGUACGGAGGGGGACAGACCCCUGGAGGGCCCUAUGCUGGGGGGUAUGGAGGACAGCCACAGGGAGGGCCCUAUGGACAGCAGUCUCCAGCAGGUAACAUACCACCAGGGGUGAAUCCAGAAGCAUACCAGUGGUUCCAGACAGUGGAUACAGACCAUAGCGGCUCCAUCACUCUAAAGGAACUGAAACAGGCUCUGGUAAACUCCAACUGGUCAGCCUUCAACGACGAGACCUGCCUUAUGAUGAUCAACAUGUUUGACAAGACCAAGUGUGGCCGUAUCGACCUGUUUGGGUUCUCAGCCCUGUGGGUCUUCAUGCAACAGUGGAGACAGUUGUUCCAACAGUACGACCGCGACCGCUCCGGCUGCAUCAGUGGCACUGAGCUACACCAAGCCCUGUCCCAGAUGGGAUAUAACCUGAGUCCCCAGUUCACUGAGACGAUAGCGGCUAAGUACGCUGUGAGCUCUGGGCGUCCUGGUUCCCUGCAGCUAGACUCUUUCAUCCAGGUGUGUACACAGCUACAGAGCAUGACACAGGCCUUCAGGGAGAAAGACUCCGCCAUGACGGGAAACAUACGCAUGAGCUACGAAGACUUUCUGUCCACCACCGUCAACAGGCUCAUGUGAGAGUGGGGGACAAUGGUAAUAUCCACCUCCCAGUGGUGGCUGGUGACACUUUACACGGGGUGGGCACAGGCUUAUAGUAUCAUCUUUCAUUUACUCCAUUCCAGCUGUUAUUUUCAGCUGUCCUCCCUUCACCAGCCUCCGGUGCCAGCCACCAAUAAUAGGCAAAAAAAAAAAAAAAAGGGUCCACCUAAAGCCAACACCCUGAAAUCAAGAUGGUGGGAUGGAGGACGAAUGAGUCAAACUGAGGAUGAGGAAAUGGAGAAGACUAGGGGAGAGGAGAUUUAAUUAAUCACUCUCUUCGUCUCUAUAUUGUGUGUGUGUGUGUGUGUAUAUAUAUAUACAUACAUACAUACACAUGCAAGGGUAUGGAGUCAAAAUAUAUAUAUAUAUAUGUAUGUAUGUGUGUAAACUGCAGGAAAUGAUUUGCAUGGUGGAACUUGAUGUGCCAUUUCAACCUCAUGUGUGGUGUCAAUCUCAUAGGGCCAGUUUCCCUAACCAAGAUGAAGCCUCAUCCUGGACUAGAAAGCAUUUUCAGUAGAGAUUCCCAGUUGACAAUGCUUUUUUUAGUCCAGGAGGAACUCUUAAUCUCUGGUCUGGGGAAACCAGCUCAAAGUAUAGCUGGUUAACAGUUACAUUGCAAUGUAUGACACUCGGUACACUCGAACAAUGCGCCAGAGCCAAUUUUAAUAAUUUUUAUUAAUAACAUAGCUUUAUUCCAAACCACUACCUUAUCUGCUGGUAGCUGUGAUGGUUAUGACUGUUGAUGAUCACCGUUGCACAGUUAUAUAUGUCAGCCAUUGGAUAGUUCAGGACCAAUCUUUUUUUUUCUUUUUUUAAAUCAAAUGUAUUGUUUACUGACAACUUGAAAUUGUAUGCUAUUAAAGUUUUCAAAACUUGA